GAAGCUUAGUCCAAGACAAACAAAAGCAAGAUAGUAAAUAAAAAUUACAAAGCGAGGCUAUCAUUACAAAACUAUGAUCCAAUUCCGGUUCUGUCAGUAACAAACCCAAAAUGGCCAUCCGGAACACAUGGGGGUUCAGCAUCCUGUUGAAUAAGCAACGCUAGAGCUUAGAGGAGGUGGUGGUGGGGACUCCUGUUGAAAUCGUAUUUGAGUGUUACAAGUUGCCUUGAAGGAUCACGACAUUAGCUUUUGUACUAUUUCAAAGAUUUGGUGUAUAGAUUCAGAACUUGAUCUGAAAUAGUUCCGAGGGUAAUGGAGCACGACUUGAAGAAGAUACCAAGUCCUUCAAAGGGUUUAUUGAGAAGUGAAGAAUUAUAUGAGUAUAUUCUGGAGACUAGUGUGUACCCGCGUGAGCCAGAGCCUCUCAAGGAGCUAAGGCGUGCCACUGCUAAUCACCCAAAGGCACUGAUGGCUACUGCACCAGAUGCUGGUCAACUGAUUUCCAUGCUUCUGCAGCUACUCAAUGCAAAAAAGACUAUUGAAGUCGGAGUCUUCACUGGAUACUCUCUUCUACUCACUGCUCUUUCAAUUCCAGAUGAUGGAAAGGUCAUGUGUAAACCCCGUCAUUCACUAGUACUCAUUUUAGUUGUAUAUAUAACAGCAAUAGACGUGAAUUGUGAGUCAUAUGAGAUUGGAUUACCAAUCAUUAGAAAAGCUGGUGUUGAGCACAAGAUAGAUUUUGUUGAGUCUGAGGCUUUGCCGGCUUUAGAUCAGCUCUUGAAAGAUCAUGCCAACGAAGGGAGCUUUGACUUUGCAUUUGUUGAUGCUGACAAAGUGAAUUACUGGAAUUACCAUGAAAGACUAAUGAAAUUGGUGAAGGUUGGUGGCGUAGUGGUUUAUGACAACACACUGUGGGGAGGAUCUGUAGCAAUGAGUGAAGAGGACGCUCCAGAAUUCAGAAAACAAGGUAGGCAACUGACUAUUGAAUUCAACAAAUUAAUCUCAGCCGAUACUCGAAUACAUGUUUCACUUGCUCCGUUUGGUGAUGGCAUCACCAUCUGCAAGCGUAUCUUUUGAAUUCUUGUGCUACUGAUUUAGUUCAAAGUCACAGGAUCAUGCUGUGUCAUGAAAAUUAAAUUUGUCAUUUGCAAAUGUAUCUUCCAAUUUGUACUUGUUAUCAGAGUUUUAUAUUAAUCACAAAUCAAGACUUGCUACUUGUAUUAAAAUCUAAUCACUCGGUGUAGGGUUAUUAUAAAUCUUAGUGCUUGUGCUAUCUUAAAUCU